AUGGUCACGCAGAAUCCACCCAAGAAGCGAAAGGAUCCCGGCGCACCAAUCUCCCCACCUCCCCUCAAAAAAACCGUCAAGAGCACUACUACAAGAUUUUUUACACCAGCUUCUCAGAAACCGAAAGAUCGAACGGUGUGGUCAGAACGGAGCCCUGCAGAGGAUGUUCCCGCAACACUGCUAGUUGGCAGAUACCAGCCGGAAAAUAACGACAAAGAAUCCCCGUCCAAGCGAAGAAAGAUAGCUGCAUUCGAUCUCGACUCGACUCUCAUUACUACCUCAUCGGGAAAGAAGCAUGCGUCUAACGCGGCAGAUUGGAAGUGGUGGGAUAACACAGUCCCGGAUCGACUGCGAGAGCUGUAUGAGAAGGAGGACUACCAUGUGGUGAUCCUUUCAAAUCAGGCCGGAUUAACAUUACACUUUGACGCAAACUACAAAGGUCCAAAAGCUAAUGCUCAGAAACGCGUCGCUGAAUUUAAACAAAAGUGCAGCGCUGUAUUGACCAGCCUUGAUCUCCCAAUGACGGUCUAUGCUGCCACAGCGAAAGACAUUUAUCGGAAACCUAGGAGGGGUAUGUGGAAAGAAGUCUGCGACGACCUCGAAAUUUCUGAGGACGAAGUAAAUUUGAAGGACAGUUUUUUCGUUGGCGAUGCAGGUGGUCGAAUCGCUAGUCUUGGCAAAGGAGCCAAUGGAGCCGCAGCAGCGGUAGCAAAAGACUUUAGCUGCUCUGAUCGAAAUUUGGCACAUAAUAUCGGCAUUGACUACUUGACACCCGAAGAGUUCUUCAGAGGAGAGAAGCCCAGAGAUUUUAACCGCGAGUUUGACCUAGGGAGCUAUAUAUUACCGGAGGAGGACGGCAUUAUCGACGCUGAAGACGUGUAUGAGCGGAAAAAUGAUCAAGACGUCGUCUUGUUUUGUGGCCCUCCUGGAGCCGGAAAGAGCACCUUUUACUUCAACGUCCUCAAGCCCCUCGGGUAUGAGCGAGUGAACCAAGAUACACUAAAGUCUCGCGACAAGUGCAUCCAAGUUGCCAGAGAGUUGCUUAAAGACGGCAAAUCUGUAACUGUCGACAACACCAAUGCAGAUCCCGACACACGAGCUCUAUGGAUUGACGUAGCUAAAAAGGCCGGCGUCCCAAUCCGGUGCCUCUGGUUUUCAACGCCUGUCAUAGUGUGUGAGCAUAAUGACGCUGUCCGAGCGAACAACGCCGUAUUGAACCCAGAAGCUCGACAGAGUCUUCCUAAACUGGCCUUUACCGGAUUUCAAUCACGAUUCAAAGAGCCGAAGGAAAAAGAGGGCUUUCAAGAUGUCACAGAAGUCAAGUUCAAAUUCCGAGGCACCAAGGAGGAGUAUAUGCUUUGGGGCCAGUACUGGAUCUGA